GGCGGACGGGAUGGAGUCCGUUGCUGGGGGGGACUCGGGGGCAAUGCCCCCGCCGCCACCCGGCGACGGGGAAGGGGGCGAGGCGGCCAAGCGGGGCCGCGGGCGGCCGAGGCUGAGCGACAACGACCGGCUGCAGCGGCGGCUCAACAGCCGCAAGAAGUACGACAACCGUCGCAUCUACAUCGGCGAGUCGUACGUGCUGUGGGCCGCCCUGCGGGAGCGCUACGGCUGGUCCGACAAGCGGCUGGCGCUGCACCUGGUGCAGCUGGAGCAGGGCGGCCGCGACAAGCGGCACAGCAAACCCGGAGCAGAGGAACAGAACUCGAAAAUUAAUUCCUCACAAAAAGUGAAGAAGCAAGCAAUUAGCUCACUGAAGACUCUGAUGGUAUGGUAUGAGCACCAUAUGCAGACGUGCAAACAGGAGCCUAUGCUCUAUGAACUGCAGCAGGUGUGUGACUGCUCAGUGGCCAUAGUGUGGCAAUGUGAAGCAGGGCACCAGCACCUGCAGUGUUUAGAACCUGUCCGGAAGAACUGCCACAUCCCAGACGCUGAACCCACCGCCAAGGACAGAGUGACAGUCAGCAGUUCGGAGGAAAAUCGGAGUCAACAGCACUGUCCUGUAGAGAAGAAAGUAAGGAAGGACAAGAGAAGGACAAUCAGAAGGAAACCUGGGCAAUCUAAUGAAUUGUACAUGAAAUGUGAAUCCGACACCUCGACCUGUGAUGAGUCUGACUCGGAUCAGAAAUUCGAGGAAUAUUUCAACGUGAAACUCAUUGAUGUUGAUGCCACUGGGUCUGUUUAUGAAGGCGGAAACAAAGAGGGUGGCGUGAAUGCCAAAGUCUUGAGUUCAGCUGGUAAACCUUCCGAAGAGACAGACAAAACUGGGGAAGGACACGGGACUGAGGUUGGUGAGCUAGCGUCUCCAUGUCGAGCCCAGUCACCAUGCAAGAGCACCGCUGGUGAGGGCACCCAUCUGCCAUUGCCAUCGGAGCUUCCCGCACUGAAUAAUAUAUCACAGACUGUCGAGAAGGAUGCUUUGAGCUCCUUAUCUGCCAACUGUCCUGUAACUGUGCAGAUUUCCACAGUACAGAGUUCAGAGAUCACCAGCAUUACAGACUCAGAGUUUGGACAAGUGCCCUUGGACACUGCACAGCCAGUAAAUCCCACUGAAUACGAGGAAAUGACUUGUACUUUUUCAGAACAAUUGUCUUAUGUGAAUCCAGUGGGUGAAUGUUAUACCAUUGAGGGGCAAAAUGAAGCCACAGAGUGGAGCGAGCAUCCAGGUGUGAUAGGAGAGAGAACUGUCAUUGAUGGCUCUGCAUUGCCUGCAACUGAACCAAGGGAAGCCGCACAGGAAAUGCCACAUAAACCAAAGAGAAAAAAGCGGGGCCACAUUAUAGAUGCCGACGGGAUGUUUCAGCUGUUUCACUGUCCGCACGAAGGAUGCAGCCAGGUGUACAUCACACUGAACAGCUUCCAGAACCAUGUCAACCUUGUGCACAGAAAAGGGAAAACGAAAGUCUGUUCUCAUCCAGGCUGUGGAAAGAGGUUUUAUUUAUCCAAUCAUCUACGGAGACACAUGAUCAUUCACUCAGGUGUGCGAGACUUUAUCUGUGAGACAUGUGGCAAGUCAUUCAAAAGGAAGAACCACCUUGAAGUUCAUCGAAGGAUGCACACGGGGGAGACACCUCUCCAGUGUGAAAUCUGUGGCUAUCAGUGUCGACAGAGGGCGUCGCUGAACUGGCACAUGAAGAAACACGACACGGAGAUACAGUACAACUUCACCUGCGAGUACUGUGGCAAGAAGUUUGAAAAAAUGGACAGUGUCAAAUUUCACAAGUUAAAAAGCCACCCUGAGUGUCAAACCAUGUGAUGCUACUGGACUUGGGACUGUGGUAAUACCUGAGGCACGUGCACACAAACCCUCCUUGACUCUGUAAAUUCUGUGCAAGUACUAUGACUAUAUGGAAAAUGAAAUUUUAUAUUAUUUUCA